AUGGUAUAAAGAAUGUUUGUGAUGCUGAAAAUUUCUAUUUAAUGUUACAAGCUGAUAGCAGCCUCAAAAGUCCAUCGACUCUGAGUAUAAUUUAGCCCGACUUUUAAGUGAAGUCGUUCGAGAUCAAAAAACAUUAUCGUUUUAAGUUUUCUAAGCGAUCGUUUCAGCCCCACAGUGACUUGGGCACUUGGUUGCCACACACAGUUUGUUUUGGUUAUUAGUUUGAUGCAUUUUUACGCGCCAAAAUUGUUCCAAGAAGUGAAUUUUAGUGUUUAAAUUAAUGGAAUUCGACUUUAUAGCUCUAAAAAUGCGCGUUUCCUCGCCAGCUUUUCAAUGCUUCUUUUUACCCAAUCGCCCAACUUACAUUUCUUCAAUGAAGUUGUAUAAUAAUUUCCAUUCAAGUUCAGCUUCAGUGAGAGUAAGAUUUUCAGGUUGCACUGCUGAUACUGCUCAGGAGGUUAAUAAAAGGAUACCCAGAAAGUUAUCAAGUCCUAAUUGGUCAUUAAUUGAUAAAAGCGAAACAAAUGAAAUAAUAAGCUUUGCUUCGAAGGAGGUAUUAAAGCGGUAUUCCGGGAUGCUGCGCGAGUGUGCUUCAAAAGGGAAUCUAAAUGAAGGAACAGCAAUUCAUGGGAAUGUGAUUAAAAGUGGAUUAGAGCCAGAUUCCCAUUUAUGGGUCUCUUUGAUAAAUUUAUAUGCAAAAUGUGGGAGCUUGGCGUUUGCACGUAAGGUGCUUGUUGGAAUGCGUGAACGAGAUGUUGUGUCAUGGACUGCGUUAAUUGCUGGGUAUGUGAGUGAAGGAUGCGGAAGUGACGGUGUUAAGGCGUACUGCGAAAUGAGAAAGGAAAAUAUAUGUCCUAAUGAAUUCACAUUGGCCACUGUUUUAAAAGCAUCCUCUAUGUGCUCAGAUAUAAAAUUUGGGAAGUUAAUUCAUUUAGAAGCUAUAAAAACCGGGCUGUUAUUGGAUUUGUUUGUUGGUUCUGCACUUGUUGACCUUUAUGCAAAGUUUGGUGAGAUGGAACUUGCUGACAGAGUGUUCUUUGGGAUGCCAGAGAAGAAUAAUGUGUCAUGGAAUGCUCUGCUUAAUGGUUAUGCACAAAGGGGGGAUGGCAAGAGCGUAUUGAAGUUGUUUUGUAGGAUGUUAGAGUGUGAAAUGAACUUUACUAAUUACACUCUAUCUACUGUAUUAAAGGGUUGUGCGAACUCUGGGAAUUUGAGGGAAGGGAAGGCUUUGCAUUCUUUGUCAAUCAGGAGAGCGUAUGAGCUUGAUGAAUUUCUUGGUUGUAAUCUUGUUGAUAUGUACUCUAAAUGCGGGAUGGCAUACGAGGCAUUAAAAGUUUUUAACAUGAUAGAAGAGCCUGAUAUAGUUGCCUGGAGUGCAAUAAUCACUGGCCUUGAUCAGCAGGGCCAUAGUCAAGAAGCGGCUGAGCUUUUUCACCUAAUGAGACAAAAAGGAGUUAGACCCAAUCAAUUUAGCUUUGCUAGUGUUAUUAGUGCUGCUACAAAUGUAGGUGACCUGUAUCUUGGUCAAAGUAUCCAUUGUUGUAUAUGCAAAUAUGGAUAUGAAUCUGAUAAUUCAGUUGGCAAUGCACUGAUCACGAUGUACAUGAAAAGUGGAUUUGUGCAAGAUGGUAUCAGGGUAUUUGACACAAUGACAAAUAGGGAUUUAGUUUCAUGGAAUGCUCUUUUAUCUGGGUUCUAUGACUUUGAAACUUCUGAUCAAGGCUUAAGAAUCUUCUGCCAGAUGCUUAUGGAAGGCCUUGUGCCCAACUUGUACACAUUUGUUGGUGUUUUAAGGUCUUGUUCGAGCCUUUUGAAUGUGUGGUUUGGAAAGCAAGUACAUGCUCAUAUCAUAAAGAACAGUCUUGAUGGUAAUGAUUUUGUUGGAACAGCUCUGAUUGACAUGUAUGCGAAGAACAGAUGUUUGGAAGAUGCAGAUGUAGCUUUCAAUAAAUUAACAAAUAGGGACCUCUUCACCUGGACGGUCAUCAUUGCUGGUCAUUCACAAACUGAUAAAGCAGAAAAAGCUGUCAAGUACCUAGGCCAGAUGCUAAGAGAGGGUAUAAAACCCAAUGAGUUCACUCUGGCCAGCUGUUUAAGUGGAUGUUCACGAAUGGCGACCCUGGGAAAUGGGCAACAGCUACAUUCUCUGGCAAUUAAGUCUGGACAUUCUGGUGAUGUAUUUGUCAGUAGUGCACUGGUCGAUAUGUAUGGGAAAUGUGGGUGCAUGGAAGAUGCUGAGGCCAUUUUUAAGGGCUUGUUUUCAAGGGACACAGUUGCAUGGAACACAAUUAUUUGUGGAUACUCACAGCACGGGCAAGGGCAGAAGGCUCUUGAAGCCUUUAGGAUGAUGUUAGAUGAAGACAUUGACCCUGAUGAGGUCACUUUCAUAGGUGUUCUUGCUGCAUGUAGCUACAUGGGUUGGGUUGAAGAGGGGAAAAAGCAUUUUGAUUUGAUGAGCAAAGUUUAUGGAAUUACUCCUUCAAUUGAGCAUCAUGCUUGUAUGGUUGAUAUUCUUGGUCGAACUGGAAAAUUUAAUGAGGUUGAGGUCUUUAUUGAGGAAAAGAAGUUAGCCCCGUAUUCCUUGAUUUGGGAGACUGUUCUUGGGGCAUGUAAGUUGCAUGGAAAUGUUGAAUUUGGUAAACAAGCUGCUGAGAAACUCUUUGAAUUUGAACCUAAGAUGGACUCCAGUUAUAUAUUGCUAUCAAAUAUUUUUGCUGCCAAAGGUAGGUGGGACAAUGUGAGAAGCACCAGGGCUAUGAUGUCUACUCAGGGUGUUAAAAAGGAACCUGGGUGUAGUUGGAUAGAGGUUAACGGUCAAGUCCAUGUCUUCACAUCUCAAGAUGGUUCACAUCCAAAAUCAAUGGAAAUCUACACCAAAUUAGAGGAGUUAGGGCAAAAAUUGACUUCCAUAGGUUAUACACCAAAGACGGAAAAUGUGCUUCAUAAUGUCAGUAACAAAGAAAAAAAGGAACUUCUUUACCAUCACAGUGAGAGGUUGGCUCUUGCUUUUGCACUUAUAAGCACCAGUCCUGUUAAACCAAUUCGGAUUUUUAAAAAUCUUCGUAUUUGUGGGGAUUGCCAUGAUUUUAUGAAACUCAUGUCAAGCAUCACAAACCGUGAAAUAGUUGUCCGUGACAUCAAGCGUUUCCACCAUUUUAAGAAAGGCACUUGCACUUGUCAGGAUUAUUGGUAAUUUUGCUGUAGGGUUAUGCGAUGCAAUUGAUGGAAGGUUCGUCUUGGUCAAAUGCUAUUUUUCCUAUUCAUAGUCUCUUUGCUCAGAGCAGUUAUCACAACUUGAAACUUCAUGGGACAUUCUGAUUGAUGCCUUAAGAUGGUUAUUUGAGGAGAUGUUUUCAGGAAACAAGAUGGCCUCCCAGCACUGAAGGCCUUUGUUCCAAUGCCAUAGCUGCGGUUAUGGCCAGACUGCAGUGAGCUUUGAGAAGCCACUGCGGAUUCCUCAAUGCAAGAGCAAGAACCUAACUAAUGUUUCAUUGAAUAACUGAUGACCAUUUGUGCACAUCAAUCCAGCAUUCAGUUAAACUUUUCAAGUCAUUUUGACUCUUUAUUCAUUCUAUCCUAUUUCAGAUUUUGCUGCUUCUUGUUUUAACCCUUUGAGGGUAGUGCUUUAGCCUAUAAUGACAAUGGCAACUAAAUCCUAAAUUUGGUGCAGUUUAUUACUAGUAUUGUCACGCUGGAUGCUAAAUAAGAGUUCUAGUUUCCACUCUUCCGAGUCGUGGAACACUGUUUGUUGGCAUGCUAUUGGAUUAGUUGCAGAACCUGCUGAAAUCAGUGCUUGCAGAAAUUUUUCAUGUUUUUCUGCUGAUGUUCCUCGGACAGAAUCACAAAUGCUGAUUUAGGUGCAUCCAUGAGAAGCCAUGUGACGUGAGUUGCUCUAGUGUUUCAGCCAUGGGGAAAAAGUGUGUUCCAACUUCAGCAAUGUUGGUAAGCCAGUUCUCUGGGUGGGGUCAAAUUUAGAGGUUUUUCUUCUUGAAAGUCAAGCAGCCAUCUUCUUCUUGGGAGGAUCAAGGACAAUGCCCUUAAGACCCUUUUACAAGGCUUUACAGGGUAAAUCUGAGAGUCUAGAGGUUGUACUGGAAGGCGCUAUGCAGGUUGAUGAUGAGGAGCAUGAACAAUUUGCUGCCGACCAGAGCUCUUGUCCAACAAGUUGAUUCAUAGUUGUGGAAUUUAUUUAAUUUCUUUUCUUUAAAAUAAAAAUAAAAGCAUAUAUUCAGAUUCUAGUUCUACAUGCUGAUAAUGAGAAAUGAGCAAGUGAAAUUGAAGUUCGCUCCUCACUUUAAUGGCUUGUGAUAAAUGUUGUUGGGAAGAUUUAGACCUCAAAUUACAUGUUUAACUCCGUUAUUUCAAAUCAAAUAAUGCCUUGAGUUCUUCUGGUUGUAUAAAGGCAUUAAGGCGCAGAACCACUGUAUUGUAGGAAGAUAUUAUAGGUUUCUUGUUUUUCUUUUGACAGGGCUUAGUAACUUAUCUCUAA